AUGUCUUUAACAAAAAAAAUCAAAAAUGAAAAAUCAUUAAAACAAGAAAAACAAACUGAUCAAUUAAAAUCAAACCUUCGAAAUAAUAAUAAUAAUAUUAAUAAUAAAUCGAAACCAAAAGAUCAAAACUUAAAUACAUUACAUUAUAUUAAAACUCACUUAAAAGAAGAAUUAUUUUUCAUAUUUUGUGUUGGUGGAAUUUAUAUAUUUUAUUUACUAUAUGGUUUAGUUCAAGAACAAUUGUAA